CACCACUAAACUUCAUUGCCCACAAUUCACGGCGCUGUCGCAUGUUGACGCAUGCGUGCCGCGGCAGGGUCCAGGGCCGGGUAUCAUGGCGACGUACGUGGACAUCCUGAAGAGCGAGUUUCCUGAGAUCGACACGGAGGUUUUCGACUAUAUCACAGGUGUUCUGGACAGCGGCGGAGCAGAUUUUGAGGAUGGGGAGGAGGUGUACGACGCCAUCGGAGGAGUCCUGCAGGAAGUGUCUGCUGACAGUAAAAACGAGGAUGACGUCAGAGACAUCUGCCUCCAGAUGUUCAACACUCUCAAACUGAACCAUCAUGGCCCUCAGAAGCAGCUGCUGUUGGACGCUCCUGUUCAGAUCUCUCAGAUCUCUGCAGACGUUUGUGCCACAGAGGACAUUCAGGGUAUCUGGAUGAUGAAACGUGGUCAGAACACAACAGUGGACGCUAAGAAACUGGAGAAGGCCGAGGCGAAGCUGAAAGCUAAACAUGACCGCAGAAACGAGAAGGACUCUCAGAAGCCCUCCACUCCACUAGUCCUAGAGGAGGCGUCGGCCAGUCAGGCCAGCAACAAGAAGGACAACCGAGUGGACCAAUCAGGAAAGAACCGCAGCUAUGACAUUCGCAUCGAGAACUUUGAUGUUUCUUUUGGAGAAAGAUGUUUGCUGCAGGGGGCGGAGCUGUCUCUGGCAACAGGCCGGCGGUACGGUCUGAUUGGUCGGAAUGGUUUGGGAAAGACGACACUGUUGAAGAUGUUGGCCAGUCGAAACCUCCGCGUCCCGGCUCACAUCUCCAUCCUCCACGUGGAGCAGGAAGUUGAGGGAGAUGACACAGCUGCGCUGCAGAGUGUCCUGCAGAGUGACACGCUGAGGGAAGAGCUUCUGACUGAGGAGAGGACGCUCAACGCUCGUAUCGCCAGCGGGACUGCUGACGGGAUGGAGAGCGUCAGACUGUCAGAGAUCUACGGCAAGCUGGAGGAGAUUGAGGCCGACAAAGCCCCAGCACGAGCCUCCGUCAUCCUGGCUGGUCUCGGAUUCUCUCCCAAAAUGCAACAGCAGGCAACCAAGGAGUUCUCAGGAGGAUGGAGGAUGAGGUUGGCGUUGGCCAGAGCUCUGUUUGCUCGGCCGGAUCUGCUGCUGCUGGACGAGCCGACCAACAUGUUGGAUGUCAGAGCCAUUCUGUGGUUGGAGAACUACCUGCAGACGUGGCAGUCGACCAUCUUGGUCGUCUCUCAUGACAGGAACUUCCUUAACGCCGUGGUAACGGACAUCAUCCACCUGCACUCCCAGAGGCUGGACAGUUACCGUGGCGACUACGAAAACUUUAUUAAAACCAAAGAAGACAGACUGAAGAACCAGCAGAGAGAGUACGAGGCCCAGCUGCAGUACAGACAACAUAUACAGGUACUACUACUCCAGUACAGACAACAUCUACAGGUACGACUGCUGCAGUACAGACAACAUAUACAGGUACUACUGCUGCAGUACAGACAACAUAUACAGGUACGACUGCUGCAGUACAGACAACAUAUACAGGUCUUUAUUGACAGAUUUCGGUACAAUGCUAACAGAGCAGCUCAGGUCCAGAGCAAACUCAAACUGCUGGAGAGGCUACCUGAGCUGAAGCCCCUUGAAAAAGAAAGUGAGGUCACUUUAAGGUUUCCAGAUAACUUUGAGAAGUUGUCUCCUCCCAUCCUGCAGUUAGAUGAAGUCGAGUUUUAUUACUCCGCAGACCAGCCUCUCUUUUCUGGACUCAACCUGUCUGCCGACCUUGAGUCUCGCAUCUGCAUCGUCGGUGAAAAUGGUGCCGGUAAAACGACCAUCCUCAAACUGCUGAUGGGCGAGUUAACGCCGGUCGGCGGGGUCAGACAGGCUCACAGGAACCUGAAGAUUGGUUACUUCAGUCAGCAUCAUGUGGACCAGCUGGACCUGAACGUCUGCUCCGUGGAGCUGCUGCUCAACCGCUUCCCUGGUCGGACGGAGGAGGAGUACCGCCACCAGCUGGGAGGUUACGGAAUCACCGGAGAGCUCGCCACAAGGCCGGUGGCCAGUCUGUCUGGAGGGCAGAAAAGCCGAGUGGCUUUCGCACAGAUGACCAUGCCAUGUCCAAACUUCUACAUCCUGGACGAGCCGACGAACCACCUGGACAUGGAGACCAUCGAGGCUCUGGCUAAAGCUCUCAACAAGUUCAGAGGCGGGGUCAUGCUGGUGUCCCACGACGAGCGUCUGAUCCGGUUGGUGUGUAAGGAGCUGUGGGUGUGUGAAGCCGGGAAAGUCAGACGCAUCGACGGCGGUUUUGACGAGUACCGAGACAUCCUGCAGGAGCAGUUCAGGAAGGAGGGGUACCUGUGAGGCUCCGCCCACUGACACAAAUCCCACCCCCCUCUCUUUAACAUCAUCCUGUCAUUACAGCCAAUCAGUGGCUCGGAGCAGACCGGAGGACGUUUUCCUCUCUGAACUGUCUCACCUGCUGCUGCGAGCUGAUUGGUCAUUUCUGUUCACCUGUUGAGGUCACAGUGAACUCUGACGGAGGAGGCGGAGCCAUCACCAAUCAUUUGGAGUUUAUUUAAAAGUUAACGUCACGUUGAACCUGAAUUUUGUUUUGUAUCAUCAACUCUUUUAUCAGUUUGAAAGGACGCUUACAUUCAGAGACACUCCCCAAAUAAAGGCAUCAGAUCAUG